AUGAUUACGAACGAGCUGCCCGCAAGCGAUAUUGCUAGCUAUGACUACCUCAUCGUUGGUGGUGGCACAGCAGGCUGUGUCAUAGCUUCUCGCCUAGCUGAAUAUCUACCGCACAAGCGCAUUCUUCUGAUCGAAGCUGGCCCAAGCGAUUUUAUGGACAACCGCAUACUCGAGUUAAAGAAGUGGUUGAACCUGAUAGGCGGCGAUCUAGACUUUGACUACACCACGACUGAACAACCCAUGGGCAACUCUCAUAUACGGCACUCAAGAGCAAAGGUCCUGGGCGGCUGUUCUUCUCAUAACACAAUGAUCAGUUUCAGUCCCUUUGCUUAUGAUAUGGAGAUCUGGCAGUCUCUCGGCGCAAAAGGCUGGACUUUUGACGAAAUGGCCCGCAUAGUAACACAACGCCUUCGUAACACAAUUCAGACUGUUGAUGAACGUCACCAAAGUCAGCUUUGCCGCGACUGGCUCGAUUCAUGCUCACAAGCAAUGAAGAUCCCGAUAAUUCAAGAUUUCAAUAAGCAUAUCAACAACACUGGAGGGUUGACCAAGAGUUGUGGCUUCCUUCCUAUUGCAUACAAUCCUGAUAAUGGUCACCGUUCAUCUGCCUCAGUUGCCUACAUCCAUCCACUUCUACGUGGUGACGAAAAAAAGCCUAAUUUGACAAUAUUGACGAAUGCUUGGGUCAGCAAGAUCAAUGUCUCAAAGGGCACAGCCAGCUGUACCGGUGUCGAUGUCAAGCUUCAAAAUGGUCAGCAUUAUAGCCUUGCUGCAAGAGCUGAGACUAUUCUCUGUGCAGGUGCUAUUGACACACCUCGGCUUAUGCUGCACUCAGGUCUUGGGCCUACCUCAGACCUUGAGAAGCUCUCCAUCCCUGUGGUUCAGGAUCUCCCUGGUGUUGGCCAGAAUCUACAGGAUCACCCUGAGACACUCAUUAUGUGGGAGCUUAAGAAGCCCGUUCCGCGCCAAACCACGAUGGACACUGAUGCGGCUAUUUUCCUCCGACGUGAAGCGCCCAAUGCCGCAGCCACAGCCUCUCCACAAUCUCCCUUUAACCCUCGCAACCUUCCUGAUGAUGAGGUCGCUGACGUUAUGAUACACUGCUAUCAGGGCGCCUUUACAUUCAACACUGAUCGUCUUGGCUACAAAGCGCCACCAGAAGGCUAUGCAUUCUGUAUGAACCCAAAUAUUCCUCGUCCACGCUCACGCGGUCGACUUUACCUUACGUCUAACGACCCAUCUAUCAAGCCAGCACUUGAUUUCCAAUACUUUACAGAUAAGGGUGGUUAUGACGCUGCAACAUUUGUGUACUGUAUGCGUAUGGCUCGGAAGAUCGCACAACAGAGCCCUUUCAAGGACUGGAUUAAGUGUGAAGUGGCACCUGGUCCAGAGCUAAAUACAGAUGAAGAAUUGAGUGAGUACGUAAGGAGGGUAGCGCAUACAGUAUAUCACCCCUCAGGUACCACCAAGAUGGGUGAUCUUGCGAAGGAUGACAUGGCAGUCUGUGAUCCAGAGAUGAGGGUCAAGCAUAUCGAGGCUUUGAGGAUUUGUGACGCAGGCUUAUUUCCAGCGCUGACAAGCGUCAAUCCUAUGGUUACAGUACUCUGUGUUGCAGAAAUAGGGGCGGAGAUGGUGGCCAGACAGGCUGGAUGGGACGGGAAGACGGGUGUUGAACAGGUUCUAGAUCACAAGUUGUAG